GCGCACGGGAAUAUUAUAUCAAAAGCAAUUGCAUUUAAUACCAUAUCAUCGUGAGAAAUUGUUCUUCAACCGAAGUAUAAUAAUUUAACCCAUAUUCAGGGAUACUUGGUUGACAUUAUUUACAUUUGUACAAUUCUGUGCCGCCAAACAUAACCACAGGAUUACAGCAGCAAAGGUUAGAGUGCUACAUUGUUGAACAUUGCUCAAACCCACAGAAUCACAGAUUUUGUCAAAAACCAAAUGUCAGGAUAAAGGGUACAAAGUCUAAAAUAGUGUAAGAUAAAUAGGAUAUUUGUAUUUUAUGGAAUGGUCAAAGAACACAUACUUGAAAAAAAAAAUGAAUGGACAUGUGGCCUACCAUUAUUUACUUUAUCCAUAAUAGAUGACCACUAAAAAAGAGGUGUGUCAACUGCCUCAAAUCCCACUGUUCACACAUCUGGGGCACAAUGAUCAUUUCAACUUGAAAGUGUCAAAGCAAACACACCUGUGUUUAUUCCCACUUCCCCGAUUGAAGUCACAUCCCCGAGUGACAUCAGUCCACUUACCUACAAAUAGGCUCGGGUCCGACUGCCCACAUAAGUCAGUGGGAGUGACAUGGAUCAGAAAAGAUUGGGCGUUCUACUUAGAAUCAUUGUAUUACAAUGUUUUGUCAUGGGGAGCACACUUUCCAUUCAGUCAACAGAAUGGAGGAUCCAUACCCCAACUACAAGGUUGACAGAAGGAGAUGUGGAAUGCUUUUCUGAAUACAUGGAGAUGUGGAUACACAGUAGGAGGAUUGAAGGAUUGGGACUCUGGCUGUCUGGAGCCUUAAAGAUCCAAGUAAACCUUGCUUCCUUGGACCACCUGAACCUCCAGCUGUCUGCCUGUGGAUUCUCACUGCACAAAUACCCCGACAACAACUUUAUUUUUAGAGUCGGUUACUUGGGAUGUUUCGUCCAAAAACAGAACAGCCAUCAUGUCCUAAAACUGAAUUUGGCAAAGAGGAUAAACCGAUUUGGGGGAAGACCUUAUAGUUUCACGAUGAAGUGUCCCGUGGCUUCUGUACUACCAAGCAGAGAGCAGAUCAAGUGUGACCCAGAGUCCAUUCAGGUGACCAGACAGGUUCCCUAUGACAACUGGAACAACAAGUUGCAUUGGUGGCUGUCGCUGAGCGAUCACCUCAUUGUAGCUCUGGAGGAUGCAAGCCUGAUCCAGAUGAACAUUGACAUGAGCGGACCAGACAUUACAGUUCAAGGCAGGAGAAGGGAGGUGUUGAGCCCUGUGGAAGUAUUGGGAAAUGAAGGGGAAUUCCUGGCCUUGAAGCUGGUUAGUGGCCAGUAUGCCUAUAGCAUGGAAGCUACUUGUCCCAAAGUGACCGCGUUCACGCCGGAGGAGACUGAGCUGCACAUUUUCAAACGGCGUAUGGGUUUGACAAAGCGAGGCAGUCGUGACAACGAAGCACUAACAGUCAGCGAUGUGUCGGUGAACCAGACAGACAAUUUCACUGUGCACGAGACCAGGGAAUUUGUGACACUGAUCAUCACUACAGCCGAAAUACUCCAGACCAAGACCUGUGCGGAAAGGAAACAAUUCCUGCAGCCAUUUUACAGGGUGGAUGUUGUGCUCACCUUCAAAGAGACAAAUCACAAAAUGCACUGGACCAUGGAGAACACACUGCCAUGCACAGGCAGACCUGGUGAUCCACACAUCACAUCUGUUCCACACACCACAGCCCCAUCGGCGCCCAACUUCAAGCACGAGGAGUCAACCACAGAACAGCCGGCGUACGACCAAAAGGAGCGAGCUCCAUUCGAAGAGAUGCCUGCAGAGUUUUCCUCAACUAAUUCCACUCAUACACAGUUUGAGGCCCGCAGCUUUCAUUUCUACACUGAAGAGAGUCAAAGUGUAAAUUCGUCCUCUGGAUUAGAUGGAGAUCACAUUGCUUCCAUUAAUGCCACUGAAAUAAGCCUUUUUCAUUCUCUAAAUGCAACCCUACACACUUAGAGUCAGAGUUCAUUGAGAUGCCCGCUACAGCUGAUCCAUGAGAAACUUCUCACAAUGGUUCGACUUGAAGAACAUCACCAACAAUUCAACAUAAUGAAUGGAAAUAAAGUGCAGCAAAAGCAGACAUGUUAAAAAAAUGAUAUGGUUCAUUCAAUUUAAUUUCCUUAUGUGUUUUCUGAGUCACUCAAGACUUCAAAUACAGUUCCACUGUAGUUUUUUUUAAUCGUCAUUGGUGCCAAUGGCUGCACGUCUGUUUGCAGUCUUGUAGGUGAUGCUGCGGUCAGUCAGCCCUGUGAAUGUUGAUUAUACAAGCAAAAAGAAAAGCCCCGACCUAUGCCAGCCGUUGCCUGAGGGUGGACAUUAUCCAGGCGUAGACAAGGCAGGCGUUAAAUAAACAUGUCUCUAUGCGAGCUGCACAACAAGCUGACGAAGAGAAGGCCCUGCAAUUGUUACGGCCGAUGCCACUUUGAAGCU